UGAUUCUUGGAAGCACCCUGGUCCUAUCAACGAGUAUCUGGUUACCGGUCAUGCUAGCCGCCUGAGUGCCUUUGUGGCUACCAUCUGCUUUUCAGUGUAUGCAUUCGGCUUCACCCCAGAACUUCUUAUCGUCACUGGGGGAGAUAUGCAGUCCCCCCGACGCAACCUACCAACCGCAGGAAAACGGUACUUCUACCAACUCGUGCUUUUCUACAUUAUCGGAGCUUUUGCCAUCAGCCCGAUCCUCCCGAGCGAUGAUCCCAAGCUACUCAGAGGUGGGUCUGGCGCAGGAGCCUCUCUAUGGUCUAUUGCAGCCCGAAACGCAGGUAUAGUGGGCUUAGACUCGGUCAUAAACACAGUUAUAUUACUCUCCGCGUUGUCCGCCGGCAAUUCUUACUUUUACAUGUCAACGCGUGCCCUCUACUCGACGGCCUUGAUAGGCAGUGCACCCCGUUUUCUGAUGAAAUGCACUAAAUCUGGGUUUCCUUACAAUGCCGUCACGUGCAGCACAGCCAUCUGUCUUAGUAUCUCAAUGUAUCCUCCAAAGGAGCAACCGUGUUUAAUUGGUCCGUCAAUCUGAUCAAUACUGG